AUGCACAUCGCCCUGCUCCAUUUCCUGCUGGUCCCCGCACUCGCGAUCGCAGCCCUAAACGCCACGUCGAUCCCCCGCAUCUUCCUCUUCGCCCUUUUAGCCCACCAGGCAUGGCUCACGACGCAGACCAUCGAGGCCGCAAGGCUCGGCACGGCCGCCGGCUUCCCAUCGCUGGACACGCACGUCGCCGACAUUGCCAUCAAGAUUGCCAUCCUCGUCACUCUCCACAUGGGCGUCGUCCUCUUCCUCGAGGGCAUCGUCCUGCCCAAGCGCGACACGUGGGCCGGUCAGGUCAAGGAGGGCUACAAGAUGGUCUUCAACGGCAGACGCAUCGGCACCUCCCGCCUAGCGCCCCAGGUUCCCAUUCUCGAAAGCGAAGCCAUGACCCUCGUGACGCGAAAAGAUGACGAGGUCUCGCUCCAGCGCCAGCAGCAGUCGCGAGGAGGCAGCUUUCACGACCGCGUGGGCACCGUCCGGCGCGAACCCCGGCUCCGCUUCGUCCUUCGUCGCCUGUCCCUCGCGCUCCUCCUCGCGCUCCUCGAGUUCGCCGUCAAGCCGCCGCUGCUGCGCCUCUAUCUGCCCACGACAUACGAUGACUUUGCCCCCGCGAAGGAAGUCUUCUUCCGCCGUCUUCUCCUGCCCGGCCGCGGUCCGACGCCGGAUGCCCACGAGGUGGCUGUGAGGCUGUGGAUGACGUUCGAGACGACGUGGGCGGCCUACUCCUUUUACACAAUCUGGCACUCCCUUGCUUCGGCCGCAGCGGUCACCGCGGGCCUCGACCGGCCGCACGAGUGGCCGCCGCUGUUCGGGGACAUCAGGCAGGCGUACUCGCUGCGGCGCUACUGGGUCAAAUUCUUCGACCGGCUGAUCUACCGAACCAUGUCGGGGUACGCAAAGUUCGCGGGCCGCUGGGUCGGGCUUUGCGACGCCGCGGGCAAGGCCAGGACGGCCUGGAGCCGGUGGGUGUUGAACGGCAUGGUGUUCAUGCUGAGCGGCGUAUUUCACGCCUGGGCGGCCAAGUGGCAGGGCUACAGGUGCGGGUUCUGGGAGGAGAUAUGGUGGUGGGCUGCGAAUUUCGUGGCCGUCUUGGGGGAGACGGUUGUUUUGGACGGUCUGCGGAGAAUCUUGCCGCGAUGGUACCAUCAGAUGGCCGAGGGGAGGGCAGCCAAGAUUGUCGGAAGGUUCUGGGUGUGUCUCUUCAUCUUUUGGGCGUCGCCGAAAUAUCUCUACCCCGUCAUGAUAUGCGGCGUCUAG